AUGGCCCAUUUUUUUGCAAACCCAUUAGCGGUCUUACUCUCAAACGGUAUAUGUGACAAAGAUUUUCAACCAGAACUAUGCGAAGCGAUCCGGAACAUUCCGUCAUUUCGUAGGCAUGCACAGACACUACUGGACAAGAAGGAAACCAAAACGGUGAAAAACCUCCUGGAUAACGAUGUAUUCCUGGCCCAGGAAGCCUUGAAUAACGUUAUUAUCGGCCAAGAAACCAUGACCCGUAUGUUUAAAUGCGUGGGUUCCCUAAAAACAGUGUUGGAUGUUACCAGGACAGCAAAAACACCGAGUCUGUCGGACCUCGUUAUCCGAGCAGUUGGCGGGAAGCUGUACUCGUCGAAGAUUAUUAUCGAAGCGCUGUCAGCCAUCAAGAAGGUGACGUCCGACAUACUUGUAAGCCUCCUCAUUACACUAGGAGAAACAUUGCCAUUAGCAGGUGACUUGUACGAUGAGCUUCAAACCCUUCUGUCUAAUAAGAAAGGUCCUGGAGUUUUGAGAACGAAAUACGACGACUCUCGCAUCACCCACAAAACCACUCUAGUUGCCCAGCGACUCAAACUAACAAAAGGCAGAGCGAAGCUCUCUGACGAAGAAGCCGAAUAUACUCGUAUAGUGGACCGUUUUCACAGUGGUUUCCGGACGUACUUGAUCGAGAAUCUUAUCCAGCCAACUAGCCUCUUUAUGCAUGAAGCUUUCCUAUAUGAUUUCAAAGGGCCCAUUGGGGAUACUUUCGUUCCCCGCCCGAGAUUCACAGUGGAACGUGCGCUAUCGAAUCCGUCUGAUUAUCUUGGGUUCGACUCCGGCACGUUCUUCGAGAGUCUUUCGGCUUCUCAGCCUGCUACUGCGUUGCUUUACCAGCUUUACUUGGAAUCGGGAGCUGUCGUGAAUAUUUAUGACCUAUGGAAGGCAUUCUACACCAUUAUCAGCAGUGAGGAUGGGGAGAAUUUUGAUGAACGAAUGGCACUUAGUAUAUUUUAUCGCGCAGUCUCUGAAUUGAAGAUGAUGGGAAUGGUGAAGUCGAGUCGACGAAAGACGGAUCAUUUAGCAAAGCUAAGCUGGAUUGGAUUAUAA